AAAGUGCGCAAGCGCACUUACGGAAAUAGUCGAGCAGUUACGAUUGAUAAAAAACAAACAUGGCUGAAAUCGAAAAGUGGAUCGAAAUAGCAAAAGAAUGUAAAUACUUGCCUGAAAAUGAUCUUAAGAAACUUUGUGACAUGGUCUGCGAACUUCUCCUUGAGGAAUCCAAUGUCCAGCCCGUGUCUUCACCGGUAACAGUAUGUGGAGAUAUACAUGGACAGUUCUAUGACCUUAUGGAAUUAUUUAGAACAGGGGGACAGUGCCCAGAUACAAACUACAUAUUUAUGGGUGACUUUGUUGACCGUGGGUAUUACAGUCUAGAAACCUUCACCCUGCUACUGACAUUAAAAGCCAGAUGGCCUGACAAAAUUAUUUUGUUACGAGGAAAUCAUGAAAGCAGACAAAUAACACAGAUAUAUGGAUUUUAUGAUGAGUGUCAGUCCAAGUAUGGUAAUGCUAAUGCAUGGAGGUAUUGCUGCAAAGUGUUUGACCUUCUCACCGUGGCCGCAAUAAUAGAUGAGUGUGUUUUGUGUGUACAUGGGGGCUUGUCCCCUGACAUCAAGACUAUAGACCAGAUCCGGACCAUAGAGAGGAACCAGGAGAUCCCACACAAAGGGGCAUUUUGUGAUUUGGUAUGGUCUGAUCCGGAGGAUGUUGACACAUGGGCUAUCAGUCCAAGAGGUGCGGGGUGGCUCUUCGGAGCAAAGGUCACAAAUGAGUUUAUGCACAUCAACAACCUGAAACUUGUCUGCAGAGCUCAUCAGCUAGUGCAUGAAGGUUACAAGUACAUGUUUGAUGAAAAACUGGUGACUGUCUGGUCCGCUCCAAAUUACUGUUACCGAUGUGGCAACAUAGCAGCUGUGUUAUCAUUCAAAGAUCCAGACACCAGGGAAGCCAAAUUAUUCCGUGCUGUUCCAGAGCACGAGAGGGUAAUUCCAGCACGCACAACUACGCCAUAUUUCCUAUAGAACACUUACAUAGAUUUUAUUACCAGCAAGGGAUUCCAUUCUUAAAACAUCAAUGAAAUGAUGAGUGAAAAAUAGAUUUCUUCCAUGUGACCUAACACCAUUGGAUUUGAACAUUAUUUUGGUGAUGAUAUAAUCUCUGAAGAAAAUUAAUUUUUGUGUUUCAUUUUUAUGUGUAUUUAUUACUUUUUCCAUGCUCUUGAGAUACUUACAAUUGAUAUUUCAUUCCAACGAAAUUGCAGACAGUGACUUGUACAGCUGAAUGUUGGCACUUUGGCAGACGUACUGUAGUAUAUAGUAAACUCUGUAAGAAUUGGCUGUGUUUUCUGUGCGUGUAUGAAUUGGUGGCAAAGCAUGGGAGGAGGAUCCAUGAUUUUCAUGGAGGGGUCCAGCAGAGUCUGUAAGACAAGGUUAAAUGGAAAAUUUAUUUCUCAACCGGGUCUCAAUUUUCCAAGUUUUAUGUACAUGCACAUGUUUUUUACAAUAAUUGAUGUAUUCAUCUGUUGUUUUAAAAAUUAUCCAAGUUUUGGAUUAUGCUGGCUUGCAUCGUAUUCAGGAAAAUUGCCAUCUUCAAUUGCUUUUGCCCACAAGCAUUGAAGUUUUAUGUCAUACCACCUUUAUUCAACCAGAUGCAUUAAAAAACGAGGUCUUGCUCAGAGGCAUAGAUAACAAUAUCAUGUGUACAUGCCCUCAAGACCCAAGUACAUGUAAACUAUGUCUUAUCUUGUUAAAUUCAGAAAGACACAUUGAAAAAUGAUAUACAUAUACCAUGUUAAAUUCAUCAUGUUUUCUACCUUUGAUAGAGUGAUAUACAUAUAAUACAGAUUUGAUCAGCUUUGAAUUCGAUUCUUCCAGUUUUGAAUUGGCCCAUUAGAUUCCCAGUUUAAGGAGGUACUCUACGUCUUCAUAAUGGCUGACUUCCAUUAAAAACAUGGGGGGGGGGGGGAAUCAAUAUCAGCAAUAUUUGACUUUUUCUUUUCAAUUUAAAUACCUAGCCGAGUAGCUCAGUAAGUUAGCAUACCAAUGGCUGAACUUUAGGUCGCAGGUUGAACUCCAGCAGGGGUUUUAAAUUUUUUUCAGAUUAUCUUCUACUAAAACUGUAUUUUUUGACAAAAUAAAGUAAAUUUGAAAAUUUUCAACUUCAAAAUGUUGUUGUACAUAUCCUCCACUUUUCAUCUACAUCAAAUUUCUCUGGUGUAGCAUACCUCCUUAAACAGGAACAACAAUUCCUUGGCAAGACUGCAAUGGACAAGUGAAUACUAUUCAACAUUCUUCAUAUAUUAUUUUCAAGUGUUAGAUUCAUUGUUUUAAUUUCAGUGUUGGAUAGGCAGAACAGUGUAUUUAAUGCAGUUAUUGAUAUGUAAUUUGGUGAGAUGUGUCAACACUUUUUCUGUAAUGCAGGUCUACUUUAACAAUUCUCGCUGUCAUAUGAUCAAAAGUUAAAAGAUUUACUUCAUCGGUGAAACAUGAAUAUUUUUAUGUCAUUUUGUAGACAAGUAAAUAAAUGUAUUUUGAAAGAG